GUCUCAAAUGCACUUCAUAAUUCAGAACAUUGAGAAGACAGUUCUGAUCUCUGAGCAUGUCAAUCUGCUUAUCACUGAGAUGAAACCUGAGACAGCAGACAAGAAAAUGCGGGAUUUUGAGGCACAGGUUAAUCUGACUAAGAGGAAGCAGUGA